AUGGCACUGAAACAACCAGAGGAGUUGGUAACCUCGAAGAGCACAUGUAUUCCAACAUCCCAGAUUCCAGGUUUGGGUGACCUUGCAGAAGCUCCCCAUGAAGUGCCGUCUGGGUGCCGCAGGAAGUGGAUCAAGGAUACUGAUUCAGCUUACGUCAGGCUGGCAAAGCAAGGAGGCCAACCUGACCUACUGAAGCACUACACUUCUGUGACAGCGAAGUCCUCUCCAGCAGCAUAUGCUGUGCCUGACUGGUUCUCGCACUGCUCCAAUCCCCCAGCGACCAGUGAGCCACAGAGCUCUGUUUCCUCUCUACCAGAUUAUAUGAUUCACAGAGAGUUUAAGGCUGAUGAACAUCAUGGUAACAGUUAUGAACCCAGAAGAGGGCCUUUUGAUUUUGAUAUGAAAAGUGUUUGGCAGCGGGAUGCUGAGGACAAAGAAAACACAGAGAAAAAGAAGGUAAAGCUCCCAGCUAUAAACCCUAAAUAUCCAAGCAGAAUGAUGAAUGUUUCUACAAACAAGGAAUUUAGUGGGAAAAAUAAGCUUUCCUUCCCACCUAUGCCUGCUCAGAGAAAGAGUGAAGCAGUAAACUUUAGCAAAUUAAUUAGCAAUGGUUAUGGGACUGACUGGUUUCAGCAGUUUACUGGAUGGCAAAAAGAGAUUCAAGAAACAUCAGAAAAGAGUGAGCAGUCCAAAGAUUCAGAGCCAUCAAAGUCUGAAUCAGCACCUGCAGGCAACGAGUCAAAGCCGUUUCAGGGAUGUAAUAAGUAA